AUGUCUUCCGAUCGUCAUGUAGACGCGGACCACCCGUUGAAGGGUCGCAUGGCAUAUCUGCCUGCAUUAUUGAGCCCGCCAGCAACACUCCAAUCUCAUUGGGAACCGCCUGGAUCCGAAGAACCCCCAUCAGAUGCCACGCAGGCCGUGCCACCAUCCCCUCUGGUUGGCUCGAAGAGGAAGAGGCCCCGUGCCGCCAGAGCGUGCGAGUUCUGCAGAGCUAAGAAGCACCGAUGCGAUGAGCUUCUGCCAUGUUCGAGGUGCAAGAAGCGGAAUCGGCCUUGUAUCUACAAGGAUGCGGAGCUUGCUCGAGGCCGCUUCCACGCUCUUGCGCGUCGUGAGCUUGACGGCACGCAAGCAUCCAGCACGAAUAGCCCUCUCGACACACUUGAUGAAGGCUUGAAUCAUAACCGCACGUCACACGACCAUGCAAAUGAAGAGGUCAGCGAGAUCAAUCCUCACACUAUGAACACCGAGUUCCACGGGCCAACGUCAUCCCUGGCAUUCCUCGCGGCUGUUCAACAUCAUGCGCACAAAGACGGCGCUAAGACGAACGAACAGCCGCAAUCUUUGAUUUCCGCCUUUCAUAACGAGUCCUUUACGCCGCAAGCCGCCCAGCCGAGAUCACCAGAAGUGCAGUCGCCGUCUUCGGUUCGGUACCACUUUCGUCAAUCUCGGUUCUUCCUAGAUGGAUAUUUUCAGAACCUGCAUUUCAUCCAUCCAGUCAUCUCUCGAGAGAGCUUCUAUUCAAAAUGUGAAGAUCUCUGGUUUGACCGAUCCGACAGUCCACCUCCGAGCUUUGUGGCCCUGUACUACGCCAUCAUGAGUCUCGGUGCAAUCAUUCAAGAAUGGGAUGAAGAAACUCUCGAUGGCAUGGGCAGGUUUGACUGGGCGAGGAAGAUGUUCCAUCUAGCAUCUGGCGCUUUGGAACUGACAUUGGGUCAUAAUGAUCUGGAGACUGUCCAAGCUUGCCUCAUUAUGGCGAAGGUGUGCCAGAAUGAGUUAAAUCCUCACCUGGCUUACUUGUAUCUCGGCAGAGCAGUACGGACCGCGCUGUCGGCAGGCUUCAACCGAAGACCGCGACUGACUCCGACGGCUGCACGUCCCGAAGCACAUUCCGACAUUGCCAGAACUUGGUGGGGUCUAUAUUCAUUGGAGAUCGAGAUGAGUUUCGCCCUGGGUCGUCCUGACUCUCUCGGACUCGACAUUUACCACAACCAGACCAUGCCCGCUGUGAACGAGACGGAACAUGCUAUUCUUGCAGCAAUGGUUGAUUUCGCUCGCCUCGUCCGCAAGGUGUCGGUUUCGAUAUACGCCUCUGCUCAGUCUACCUCUGAGAGGCUGGCAAUAGCCGCCGAGAUCGAAUCCGAAAUGGACGCCUGGCUCGAGUCCGUGCCCAGUUUCAUUCGCCCGAACUUUCAUGGCGACGAGUCUUCAACAAUGAUCAAGGAACCAAAAUGGGCGAAAAAGCAGAAACAUACCUUGAGGUUCCGGUACCUUAACGUCAAGAUGGUUCUCUAUCGACCGUUUCUCUUGCAUGCUGCCGCGACAGACAGUCUACCAGAUCCCAUACUUCAGACGGCAGUGAAAAAAUGCGUUUCCUCGGCACGAGCCACCAUUCAGUUGAUGCAUCAAAUGUACUGUGAGCUGCCCUACUUCCGUACCUGGUGGUAUAACGUCACCUACACCUUAUAUGGGGCAUCCAUCAUUCUGUGCUAUCUAUCCAGGUUGGCCUGCGACGACGAGAAACAGGAGUUGCAGAAGCAUAUCGACCUGAGCAUUAGUGUUCUGGAUGCCAUGGAGGAUCAUGUCGUCGCCAGAAAAGCGGGGGCUGUCUUACGAGAGGCGCUGACACCCCUCUUAUGCAACUGGCAAAUGCGUCUGCUGAAGCGAACGGGCCACGUCCUCUAG